UACUAUCAAGUGGAUCGAACACUUAUCAUGAACCAACUAAAUAAUAAGAAGAUCUGAAAUGGCGCAGAAAAAUCCACCGGCCAUGUAUGGUCAUCUCUGUGUAAAGCGCAACAAAUCAUAGAUCAUAAUCCUACAAAAUGGGCCGAACACCAUGUAAACGUGAAAGGUGGACCAACCCAUCCAAUGGGCCUCCGAGGGCCCUGAAACUUUGAGCCCAACAAACCAAUGAGCCCUAAUCCUAAUCCGACGACUGCGAGGAAGCAAAGGUGCAGCAGCCGACCGCGGCAAGAAUAUAAGUAUAGAGCAAAGGAGUGAAGCAAUUGGGAUCCGUAUUUUGAUCUCUCUGGGCUUGUCCGUUGAAAUCCCUAACGCCUGGAUUAUCUUCCUUCAAUCCGUCCGUCUAGCCAUGGCGACCGAAAACAGCUGCACUUCGGAUUUUGAUCUCCCGGCGCGCUUACUCCUUGGCCGUUGCAGAAAACAACCACGAAUCGGUUCAAAAGCAACAAACCCUCCUCCCACCACGAUGAUCGGCAAGCUCGGAGACGAUCUCCUCGUAGAGAUUUUAGUUCGCAGCUUCCCCGAUCCCAAAUCUGCCUUUCGCUGCAAAGCCGUAUGCAAGCGCUGGAGCUCCCUGAUUUUGAGUCCCUGCUUCAAUCGCCGUAUGGUUUCUCACCAUCAGAACGUGAAGCUGCACCCCAAGGAGCUGCAAUCUGCCAUCCUCAGCCUUCUGCCUCCCAUGCCCAGUAGAGUUGGAGGCAGUCUGAAAGUCUUGGAUUGCUACAAGGACUUGGUUUUAUGCGGGUUUUGGGAUGUAAAGCAGGACAAUGGGGAACAUAGCAGGUCUUACUUGAUCUGCAAUCCGUUUACCAAGCAGUGGGUCGCUCUUCCUUUAGCCCCCAGGAAGCUAGAUGGGUAUUUAUCACCGGUGACAAGUGUGGAGUUUUUCUGGAUGCACACGAAAGUCUGUCGAGAAAAUGCGGCCAACCCUGUGAAAUUGGUGGCUGGGUUCAAUCCUUUCCGCCUUGAUAUACCUCCCGCUUGCAUUGAUACUACUACAUUCGCGUCAGAAGAUAUGUGGGCAAUUUCGAGUUCACAAGGUGCUCUUCAUGUAAUUUCAUACCAAACCAAUAUUGAUCCUCGUCGUGUAAUCGUUUGGAGACUAGAAGAAGACCGCAGAUCUUGGAGGAAACAAUAUGAAGGGUUGGUGAAGAACCCAAGGUGCUGUAGCUAUGAAGCUAGGGAUGAAUCCUUUCGACCUUUUCUGCAUCCACAUAAACCAGAGAUUGUCUUCUUCCAGUGUGGUGCUUGUGGUAGUACUUUAUGGUCCUGCGAUUUGAGAAGGUAAGAGUUGGAGUUAUACGCUAAAGUGGAAGAGGUGGAUGGUAGCCAUUCUUAUGCUAAGGUGUUUGAGCCUAGGUUCUCUUGCUGGCCGACACCAAUUCCAAGAUACACGGAGUUGCGAGGCAUGUACAAUGGAAGCUACAGUUUUUGGGCUCAGGGCAGCAGUGAAGCAAGAUCUCCAUCCCUCGAUAAUUGGUGAUUACUUGUGCUUGUACAUUUACUUUCUUUUCUGCUAUUUUUACAAUUUUGUUUGCUUUUGUAAUUUAUCAAUGUUGUCAAAUCGAUUCCAUUCGGAGCUUAUUCAGCACCCUAAAACAAUAACAACAAAGCCAACCCUGAUUUAAAUUAGGAGAAAUACAGAUUGUUGCCUACUGCAACAAACUUCAGGUAACUGUACCCUAGACUUCUUUGAUCCUUUAGCUUGUCUUCUUUGGUAGAGAACUUCUGGGUGGAAAUCAACCUUUUUUCUGCUCGUGCUCCAAGUCUAGGAAAAAGUGGUGGAAGAACUCCCAAGAACUUUGUUUUUUUCCUUUUCUUUAACACUCAAUAGGCAUCCAUGUGAGAAACACAAGCAGAUAACAGUCAGUAUUUUCGAGUUGCUGCUUUGUUUUACCUCCAAAUAGACUUUGCUUUGCUCCCAGACAAACUCAGAUAUUGGUAUGUUUGGAGCCAAUUAUUGUCCUACAUAAAAAACGAAUAUAUCAAACAUAAAACUGGCAGAACCGUUGACCUUGAAUUAAAGUGGCUCAAUAAAUGCGGCCAAGUGUUUGGGGAUAUAUCAUAUGGUAUAAAUACGGAGUGAUGAAACACCUUCAAAAGCAAACAUCCAUAGUUAGUAUAGACCUUAUGAAUUUUCGAUUUUAGAUAUUCGGGUCGUUGUUAUUUUAAAAUAAGAUUGACGUAAUUAGAAAAAUGAUUUAGAUGAACAUAUUCAAAAUCACUACUCUAAAUUUAGCUUAUAAAUUCUAACCCCAAAGGUUAUUCGUCUAAAAAAACAAUGAAACCUAAAAUUCAAAAAGUUUAAAACGUAAAAGACUAAAACAUAUAUGAGGUUUGUUCCCUUGAAAAUUUAUUAGAGCAGCUGGUGGAUAUAGGGAUGGAAACACAAUGAAAAUUGAUUAGUAGAUUGAUUUGGCUAGUGUUGAUGCUGCUCGUUUCAACAGCUAAUACGAAGAGAACCUUUUCAACAAUAAAACAUAUGAAAAUUGAUUUGCGCAACAAAAUGAGCGAUGAAUUUCUAGCCAAAUGCUCAAGUAUUUUAUUUGAAACAGUGUAUACUAUUGGUAUGGAUGUGGACUCCAUUAUUAAUGCAUUCGUUAAAUUAAAAUACCGUCGUGUACAAUUUACAUUGAAAAAAAAGUAUAAUCAUUAUAUUUUUUUUACGAUUCUAAUUUUCUAAUAAAAUGCGGCCCAGUGCACUUUUGUGUUCUGGAUUCGCCGCUGGCAAACAUUGAUUAUCAUUAGAGGUGACAAUUCUCAAUCCAAUUCAUCAAUCCAAUCCACAAACCCAUUAAAAAUAUCCACCUAAUCCAAUCCAUUUGAUCCAAAUCCAAUUGGAUUGGUGGAUUCAUGGAUCGAUCUAGGGGUGAACAAACACACCCGAAAACCGACCCACCCGUCCAACCCGACCCAACCCACCCGUAUUUAUCGCUAAAACGAAGGUUUUGGGUUGGGUGAGGGUUUUCUUUUGUACAACCCGCCUCUAUUGGGUUGGGUUUGGAUUUUGGAUUACACAACCCGUAGAACCCGACCCAACCCGUGUUCCAAUUAUUGGUAUGAGUUCGUAUCCAAAAAAAUAUUUAUGUCAUAUAUAGUCAUACUUAUGAGAAAAUUAAGAUAUUUUGCCAUAUUUUGCCAUGUUUAAUAUACCUAUGAUUCACGUAAUUCUUUUUCUUGUGUACAAUUUUAAUAGAAUAACAUAUUAUGGAUGCGUUCAUUUGUAACCUUUUUAGCCUAUUUCAACAAAUGUCGUGAAAAAAAACUAGACAUAAGUUGAAGUAAAUAAAAUUUUAUUAAAAUUCAAACAAUAUUUGUGAAUUUUGAUACCUUUCACCUCGGUUUAUUCGUUUGAAUUUUUAAUUUGUUAUAAAAUAUUUUUAUGGUGUAGAAUAAUUACAUAUUUUGUGUUGGGUUGGGUUUUUACUUAAAAAUAUCGCCAACCCGACCCAACCCAAUUAGAAACAAACCGUAGGGUUUAAAUUUUUUUGGGUGGGUUUGGGUUUAAUAUUUCUCAAACCGUAGUGCAUGGGUCGGGUGAUUAAAAUGUCUAAACCCGGACCACCCGACCCAUGUACACCCCUAGAUCGAUCCAUGGAUCCAAAUGGCAAAUUACAAUUUGGUACCUAUAAAUUUUAUAUUUUACAUUUUGGUACCCAAAAUUUAAUUUUAUACGAAAAAUAUAAUUGGAAAAUUACGUUUGGUACCUAAAUUUUUUUAUUAUGACAUUUUAGUACUUAAACUUUUCAUAUUUUGCAAAUUGGUCCUUGGUUGAGGAUGUUAUUUGGAUUCAUGGAUAAUCCACCAAUCCACUUGAUCCAAUCCAUCAAUCCAUUUGAUCCAUAAAUCCACCAAUCCAAUCCAUUUGAUCCAAAUACAAUUGGAUUGGUGGAUUCAUGGAUCGAUCCAUGGAUCCAAAUGGCAAAUUACAAUUUGGUACCUAUAAAUUUUAUAUUUUACAUUUUGGUAACCAAAAUUUAAUUUUUAUACGAAAAUAUCAUUGGAAAAUUACGUUUUGGUACCUAAAAUUUUUUAUUAUGACAUUUUAGUAUCUAAACUUUUCAUAUUUUGAAAAUUGGUCCUUGUUUGAGGAUGUUAUUUGGAUUUAUGGAUAAUCCACCAAUCCACUUUAUCCAAUCCAUCAAUCCAUUGGAUCCAAUCCAUUUGAUCCAUAAAUCCACCAAUCCAUGUAUCAAUCCAUUUGUCACCUCUAAUUAUCAUACAGGUUCCAGAAACUGAAGCCAUUUAUCCCAAACAGAUCCUGUUUUAUGAGCGUACAGAUAGAUAGAUUUUUUUUUCUUUAUUUAUAAUGGUACAGAUAGAUUGGAAGGCCAGUCCCGGUUAACAACCAUGGAAUUUACUAAUGAGAAAUCCCACAAAGAACAGCAAAAAACAUCUUUGGACAGGAUAAUGGGUGCACGCCGGUGGGGGUUCAAUUUUUGUUUUAAUUUAAUUGUAAUAAUUCAAAAUUAGAAAAUAUGUGUAAAUUAUGAAUAUUUUAAUGAUUUUUAUAAUGACCGGACGGUGACGUGGCAUGUUAACCAUUAGUCAACGUGUUUGACCGUCCAAUAUAAUAGUCAAACAUCGGGUUUGGCCAUAUCGUUACUUUGAUGUAUAGUUUGGGCCUAGAUGUUAUAGAUCGAAAAGAUUGGCUAGGAUGUUUAUUAUGGUCAAAGUUCAGGCCAUACAAAUAUAUUAACCCAAGUUUUUUUAAACAUCUCACUAAUUUAUGAGUGAUUUUAUCAUUUUAGGAGUGACAUGUAAAAUGGAACAGGUCUAACGGGUCGACUCGCUAAUCCACCCAACCCAACCCAAAAAAUUACAAGUUAAUUACAAGUUAAUCGAUUUCAGGUCAUUCAAGUUUCGGGUUAUAAAAAGUUCUACUUUUUGGGUGAGUUUGGGUCGGGUCAACGGGUCGGGUCGUAAUUUGUCAGGUCUAAUUUUAUGUUGUUUUUUGUGUGAUUUGUAGUGUUUAUGGUAUAUGUUUGUGAUCUGCUUCAUGAUAUUAGCGGUAGCCGGUAAGUCACGAGAUGUGAAAUUAAUGACCAGCACCACACAUAUUUUCCAAGAUGACAAGCGCCCCUCCCUUUUCAAAGUCACAUUAAUUGUUGUCAACCCUUGAGAUAAAAAAAAAAGUCAAGUCAAUAAAAUGUUCCUAUUGCCUAAAUUAGUAUUAGCACCAUAUUAUCCAAUUGCCAGAAUUUGUAGCACCAUAUUAACAAAUUGGAUUGAAUGUUAGCACUCUGACCUCCACCACCUGACGGGCAGUUACGUAAGCGACCAUAAACCAAGCUGUUUUAGGUGUUAAACAUCACAAGACAUAAUAAAUUCUUCAGCAAGCAUUUCAAUAAGCUGGAAGUCAUUACAGCGCGAACAAGCCGUGGGAGUGGGACAGAAAACAGAGAGGUACUAUAAUGGGUCAGAGUCCCCAACAAAAGUAGAAUUUCUGGCUGAAGAAAAGAACAUUUCAACAAAAGAAUCUAUUGCCCAUCCGUGUACAUAAACAAUUUUCGGCUGAACCAAAUCAGUGUCUGAACCAAUCACUGAAUCCAAAAUCUUCUAACAGUAAUAUGGCAAAUUCAGUAUGGACACCUAACAGCUUAAACGUAGUGUAUCUGACCUGGGAAGUGUCUAUUUGGUUUUCGUUAUCUAAAGACCAAAAUUGCACAUCUGAACAAACUCCAUAUCGCCGUCAAUAUAUUUAGUCCACAGAUGCUUGUACUGGUUCAUGGCUAUGUCGAGCCAAGGCUUCAUGUUCCCAUUGUAGUGAAUCACCGCAGCAUUCC